AUGGCAAACCCACCAGACACUACCACUGCGGAUCCUCUACCACUCGAAACGGCCCAACAACCUGCCAGCGCGACGAGCGCCUCUUCCACAAGGACCGACUCUCUCGUAGAGAGCAGGACACCCGAAUCCGUGGCCCAGAUUGUCCCCGAGUCGAAGCCUGCUAUCGCACUAGCAACUCCCAACACAGCCGCAGUGACCGCGAACGGGAGUACCACGGACUGUUCGCCGGAAUCAGAACAGCAACGAAACUCAGCCAAGUUCACUGAAUCACCGGCUGCCACGCCAGAAUCUCGGAGAAGCUCGACAACCUCUACCCUUCGUUUCGAGACGCCGCAGCAUUCAGGAUAUCCUCAAGGAAGGUCUAGGGGUAUUACCGGCAGUAGAAUUCGCAAUGCUAGCCCUCCGCACUCCAAAUUCCAUCCCCAUGUCGCCUUCGACACAAUCAACCCAGAUAUUCCCAAGAAUCCGGGCAUCACCCUCUCAGCUCGACACAAUGGCUUCCACGCGGAACGACGGUCGAAGACCUUUAUGGUCGGCGUGGACGAAAACAAGUAUUCAGAAGAGGCGCUGGAGUGGCUCCUGACAUCAAUGGUAGACGACCACGACACAGUUGUUUGUGUACGAGUCAUAGAAAAGGACGUGAAGCACAGCCAAAGCGCCGCCUACAAAAGCAUGCACAACAGCUACUGCAGUCGAUAA